AUCAAGCACCUAGGCAUGCAGACUGCUUCUACAAAUAUUUGUGAAAUAACGGGUCACUCUCAGGAGCUCAGUGAAUUCAAGCGUGGUAUCGUGAUAGGUUGCCACCUGUGCAAUAAGUCCAUCCAUGAAAUUUCCUUGCUACUAAAUAUUCCAUGGUCAACUAUUAGUGGUAUUAUAACAAAGUGGAAGCAACUGGGAACAGCAGCAACUCAUCCACGAAGCGGUAAGCCAUGUAAAAUAACAGCGCGGGGUCAGCGCAUUCUGAAGUGCACAGUGUGCACAGAAGUCGCCGUCUGCAGAGUCAAUAGCUAAAUACCUCCAAACUUCGUGUGGCCUUCAGAUUAGCACAAAAGUGCGUAGAGAGCUUAUUGGAAUGGGUUUCCAUGGCCGAGCAGCUGCAUUCAAGCCUUACAUCAUCAAGUGCAAUGCAAAUCAUUGGAUGCAGUGGUAUAAAGCACAAUGCCACUGGACUAUAUAGCAGUACUUGCCUGACUACAUUGUGCCAAGUGUAAAGUUU